UCUAGUUACCUUGACGCCGUUGGUCCCCUGUGAUUCAUGUUUUGUUAGCUCACAGCUAGCAGAUGUCGAAUCGUUGCACUUAUUUUCAGAUCAAUAUGUUUGCAUAAACGGUUAAUAGCUGGGCCGCCACUCCUAAUACGAGGGGAGGAUGGCACAUCAACAUACCCCACCUCAUCUGUCCCAGGGGACAGAGUUACUGGAUGCAUACAGUGAUUCCGACAGGGACUCCGGAGUUGGAGAUGACGCAGGAGAGGAUGCUGACAGUUGUCACGGAAGCACAGUUACACACGAGGAACGCGUUGACAAGCAAGAUGGCAAAGAAGAAAGCAGUGGGGAAGGGGAAGAUUUUACAAUUUAUGUUGCAUUUCAAGGAAACAUGGACGAUGAAGACUUUACGGAAAAACUUAACACUGUCCUCAGUGGUAUACCAAACAUACUUGAUAUGGGCUCAGAGAAGCUGCAGCCUCAGCAUGUGGAGCCAUGGAACAGUGUACGUGUUACCUUCAAUAUUCCCCGUGAUGCUGCUGAGCGGCUCAGACUGUUGGCCCAAAACAACCAACAGCAGCUCAGAGACCUGGGCAUUCUCUCUGUCCAGAUAGAAGGGGAAGGUGCCAUUAAUGUGGCCAUGGGACCAAGUAGAGGACAAGAGGUCAGAGUGAAUGGACCAAUUGGAGCACCUGGCCAGAUGAGAAUGGAAGUUGGUUUUCCAGGUCAACCUGGUCCAGGAGGCGUCAGGAUGGCCAACCCAUCAAUGGUUCCUCCUGGUCCUAGCAUGGCAGGUCAGGCUAUGGUCCCAGGCAGCAGUGGACAGAUGCACCCUCGAGUUCCAAGACCGUCUUCUCAGACAGAUGUGAUGGACCCAAUGAUGUCAGCUAUGUCUGUUCAGCAGCAGCAACAACUUCAGCACCAACAGACUGGCCCCCAUGGCUCAGGCCCUAUGCCCCCCCAGGCUGCCCAUCACAUGCAGGCUCUGCAGGCUGGGAGACAGCUCAACCCUGCAGCACUGCAGCAGCUCCAGCAACAGCAUCACCAACAGCAGCAGGCCCAGCAGCAAGCUCAGCUCUCCCAGCUUGGAUCUAGACCUCCAUUCAACCCAUCUGGCCAGAUGGCUGUGCCGCCUAGCUGGAACCAGUUACCUUCUGGGGUCCUCCAGCCUCCAGCUGCCCAAGGAGGCCCUGCCUGGAGGAAGCCCCCACCCCAACCCCAAAUGGGCCAACGACCACCCUCCCUUGCUACGGUUCAGACUCCCAGCCACCCACCACCCCCUUACCCAUUUGGCAGCCAGCAGGCUGGGCAAGUAUUCAAUACCAUGGGACAGGGACAGAUACAGCAGCAGACUGGAAUGGGUCAGUUUGCAGCUCCCCAGCCUAAAGGCCCUCAGGCUGGGCCUGGUGGUGUAGCAGGACCACCCAGACCCCCUCCGCCCCUUCCACCAACCUCUGGGCCACAGGGCAACCUCACUGCCAAAUCCCCUGGUUCCUCCUCAUCCCCUUUCCAGCAGGGUUCACCUGGGACCCCACCCAUGAUGGCCCAACGACCUACAACUCCACAGGGCUUCCCUCAAGGUGUGGGGUCACCAGGAAGAGCAGCACUUGGACAGCAGGGAAGCAUGCAACAAGGAUUCAUGGGAAUGCCCCAGCAUGGACAAGCAGGGGCCCAAGUGCAUCCAGGCAUGCCUAAGCGCCCGAUGGGCUUUCCAAACAUGCCAGGAAACCAGAACUUUGUCCAAGGUCAGGUGAGUGCCAGUACUCCAGGAACCCCUGGUGGAGGAGCCAGUCAGCAGCUACAGAGCAGCCAAGCGAUGACACACACAGGAGCUCAGCCAUCAGCCUCCACGCCAAACACAUUGCAGGGUCCACCCCAUGUCCAAUCCAACAUUAUGGGUGUUCAAAGUGGCAUGGCAGGUCAGCCCCCUGGUACAACUGCUGGGCCGAGUAUGGGCCAGCCGCAGUCUGGCCUCCAGACCCAGAUGAUGGGCCUCCAGCAUCAGGCCCAGCCCGUGUCCUCCUCCCCCAGCCAGAUGGUUCAAGGCCAGGGGGGAGGUCAGACUGUCCUCUCCAGGCCCCUCAGUCAAGGGCAGAGAGGAGGGAUGACCCCCCCCAAGCAGAUGAUGCCUCAGCAAGGCCAGGGGGUGAUGCAUGGGCAGGGUCAGAUGGUUGGAGGCCAAGGGCAUCAGGCCAUGCUCCUGCAACAGCAGCAGCACCAACAACAGCAGCAACAGCAGCAACAAAACUCCAUGAUGGAACAAAUGGUUGCCAACCAGAUACAAGGCAACAAGCAGGCAUUUGGGGGCAAGGUUCCAGCUGGGGUCAUGCCAGGCCAGAUGAUGCGUGGCCCCUCUCCAAAUGUUCCAGGUAACAUGGUUCAGUUUCAGGCCCAGGUUGGCCCGCAGCAGCAACAGAUGACCCCACAGCAGCAGCAGCAGCAAAUGGCUCAGCUCCAACAACAGCAGUUACAGCAACAACAGCACCAACUACAGCAGCAGCAACUACAGCAGCAACAACAGCAACAACAGCAACAACACCAACAGAUGAGCCAGCAGCAGCCCCAGCAGGUUCCCAUGGCUGGAAAUCCUAACCAAGCUAUUGGCAUGCAUGGACAGCAGUUGAGGCUCCCUGCUGGUCAUCCUCUUGUCCAACAACAGUUACAACAGCAGCAGCUACAACAGCAACAGAAACAACAGCAACAGGCCAUGUUGCAGCAACAGCAACAACAGGCUGCUCAACAACACUCACAUCCUUUGGGAGACCCCAGUGGUGGAACAGGGGACAUGGGGGUUCAACAGAUGCUCCCUGAUAUGCAGGCUCAGCAGCAGCAAGGAAUGAUGGGGGGUCCACAGCACAUGCAGGUGGGCAAUGGCCAUUUCACAGGGCAUGGUAUGAACUUUAAUUCUCAGUUCCCAGGUCAGAUGCCAAUGGGGGGACCCUGUGGACAGUCAGGUGGUUUCCCUGUCAACAAGGAUGUAACACUUACUAGUCCACUGCUGGUCAACCUGCUACAGAGUGAUAUCUCAGCCAGCCAGUUUGGCCCAGGGGGAAAGCAGGGAACAGGGGGGAACAACCAGGCCAAACCCAAAAAGAAGAAACCACCACGAAAGAAGAAGCCAAAAAUGGGAGAGGGACAACAACAAGUAGAGGGUCUUGGUGGUUUAGAUGUGUCUGCUGGUUUGGAGGAUUCUGAACUGCCAAGUCUCGGUGGAGAACAGAGUUUGGGCAUAGACAAUUCAGGCCCAAAACUCCCUGAUUUUGCCAACAGGCCUGCAGGCUUCCCUGGCCAAUCUGGAGACCAGCGAGUAUUGCAGCAGGUGCCCAUGCAGUUUAUGCAACAGCAACAGCAACAACAUCAGCAGCAGCAGCAGCAGCAGCAGCAACAACAACAAAUGCAGCACAUGCAACAACAGCAGAUACAGCAACAGCAAAUGCAGCAGCAGCAGCAGCAGCAGCAACAAAUGCAACAACAAAUGCAGCAGCAGCAAAUGCAGCAGCAGCAGCAAUUACAACAACAACAGCAGAUGCAGCAACAGCAGCAAAUGCAACAGAUGCAAAUGCAGGGGCUUCAGAAUGCUCAAGGGCAGCAGGGGUUGACAGGGCCUCAGCCUCCAGGGCAAGGCCAGCCUCAGAUGCACCCUCACCAGUUGCAGCAGCAACAACAACAGCAGCAGCAGCAAGCUCAGCAACCACACCUGCAACAGCAGCAACAGCAGCAGAUGAUGAUGAUGCUGAAGAUGCAACAGGAGCAGGCUAAGAAUCGCAUGUCCAUCCCUCCAGGAGGGCAGCUGCCCCCUAGGGGUAUGGUGAACUCACCAGAGGCACAGCGGCUGCCUGUCUCCCAACAAGGCAAUAUGCCUGUUAUGAUCAGCCUUCAAGGACAUGGAGGAGUACCACCCUCACCUGACAAAGCUCGAGGGAUGCCCCUCAUGGUCAACCCACAGCUUGCAGGAGCAACACGGAGAAUGUCCCAUCCUGAUGUAGGGCAGGGUUCUCAGGGCCCGGGAUCUGAAGAGGCACCUGCAGGCACCCACACCAUGCAGGACAGGCCUGGAGGGCCAGAAAUGGGGGUGCAGCCUGGAAACGGAGCCCAACAGAUAAUGACCAAUCAGGGCUCCAACACUCACAUGAUGAAGCAGGGCCCUGGCCCGUCACCCAUGCCCCAGCAUCCUGGAGCCAGUCCCCAACAACAGCUACCCACUCAGCCUCAACAAGGAGGCCCCAUGCCUGGCCUUCAUUUCCCAAAUGUCCCCACAACUUCACAGAGUUCCAGGCCCAAAACGCCCAACCGAGCCAGCCCCAGGCCAUACCAUCAUCCUCUCACCCCAACUAAUCGUCCACCGAGCACAGAGCCGUCAGAGAUAAACCUAUCCCCUGAGAGGCUAAAUGCCUCCAUUGCAGGGCUGUUUCCUCCCAAAAUCAACAUUCCUUUGCCUCCAAGGCAGCCUAACCUAAACAGGGGUUUUGACCAGCAGGGUCUUAAUCCGACAACUUUGAAAGCUAUUGGGCAGGCUCCUCCUAGCUUAACUCUACCAGGCAGUAACAGCAAUGGCAGUGCUGGUGGAAAUAACACUAACAACGGUCAGCAGCCUUUCUCAACUGGCAGUGGAGCAGCAGGUGGAGGAAAUAAACAGGACAAGCAGUCUGGAGGGCAGGGUAAGAGGGCAAGUCCCAGUAACAGUCGGAGAUCCAGUCCAGCCUCAAGCCGCAAGUCAGCCACCCCAAGCCCAGGAAGGCAGAAGGGGACAAAACUAGCCCUCAACUGCCCUCCCCACCAGCAGCAGAUGGUCAAUCCUCCGGGGCAGACCAUGAUGCUAAGCCCUGCCUCAGUCCCCCCAAGUCCAGUAUCUUUGCCCUCACAAGUAAGUUUGGGCAUGGAGACACAGCCAACCCAGAGUUCUUUCCACAGCAUGCAGGCUAACACUAGUGAGGGAAUCAGGGAAGGUCAGGGGAUGUUGGCAGCAGAGCAUCGACAGUUGCCUCAGCCACAACCCCAGCCUUUGAGGGAGCUAUCAGCUCCCAGAAUGGCAAGUCCUCGUGUCCCCUCACAAGACACCAAACCUUGUUUAGAGCUGCAGGCUGGGGCAGUUGAAAGGCAGCCAACAAACCCAGUACCCGUGCAGGACUCGGAAGCCUUACCUGCUCUAAGGGAGGCUCCAACCUCCCUGAACCAGUUACUUGAUAACACAAAUACCCCCAACAUACAUCUCCGGCCUACACAGAGUGCUUCAACCAGAGAUGUUGUGGGAAAGGAGAGCCCUAAACCUGCAUUAGAUCCAGAGAAACCACCCCCCAGUAAUUCCCACAUCUCAGAUGUGCCAGGCCCCAUUGUUGCCACUGCUGCUAUGAGCGAAUUAGAAGUUAAACCGAAGCCCACUAUUCCAGUCUCCACCAGCAGUCCUAACUUGCAGCCCCCUGCAAUUCCCAGCUUGCACCCCAGCACUACCAUGAACCCAAACCUUAACCCAAACCCUAUCUCUGCUCCUAGUGUGAACCCUACUCCAAAUUUAAACCCAGCUUCUACCCCUGGUCCCACCCUCAACCCCAACACUAAUACCACCCUCAGUGUAAGCCCCAACCCAGUCACUUCCAAUCAGAGCAGUCCUGCACCAUCUGUCAGUACCAGCUCUAACCACACCUCUGCUAGCAGUUCCAAACCAAGCCCCAGUCCUAAACCUGUCACAAGCAUUCACUCAGUCAUACAGAUUCCCGCUUCAUCCAGCACCAUUUCUCCCAGCCAGAUCACUGUGUUUGUCACCUCUAACCCCAUCACAUCUGCCUCCACCCCCCAGGCACAGCCAUCCAUGGUCUCCACUAUGGUGGCUGUCCCCAACAAGAACAUCAGGCCUCAGGAUAUCCGACAGCAGACCCCCAUCUCCCGCCCCCCUCAGUUCAUCACAACCCCUGUAUUUAUCAACCCCAUUUUCCAGGUCCCUGGUGCUUCUGUGACUCCCAACACAACAGUGGUAUCACAGUCAGUCACCAUGGUGGGGCCUAUCCAAGUGUCCACUACAAAUAUCCAACUUUCUCCAGCCCCAGGCUCCACCCAACCCUCAGUGGCUAAUAUUACCAGCACUCAGCCUGCCAGAACAGUUGUUGGACAGGUCCAGUUAGGCACCAGUAUGUCCUCAGCAACCCCAGCUGGUACUCUUCCUGCUCCUCAGCAGAUAAACCCAGGGGCUCUCAAAACAGAAAACCUAAGUGAAGUAGUUCCUGCUCAGAAAUCUAGUCCCCCAGUCAGUCAGCCAUCUCCCCAUCCAAGCCCUUCUUCUGCAUCAUCUCCCUUUCAACUACCCCUAGCUUCCCCUCCACCCUGCUCUAGUCCUGGUGCUGCAGCCACCAUCCGAAAGAGCCCCAUGUCUCCAUCAUCUGCUGCCCAGGUUAAAAGUAAGCCUGUGCAGGCUGCUGCACCAGCGCCUAGUACAACUGAUUCUCAACAAAGCCCUGAGGACAGGCCUCUGCAGUCAGGGCCUGGUCCUGGGACUGGGACUGUGCCUCUACAGGCCUCCCUUCAUCCUCCUGCCAGCCCCGUUGUUCAGAUUGAAGCACCUGCACCCAAGACAGCUGCUGUUCCAAAAAUCCUCACUCCACCUCCUGUCUCCUCUCCAGCCCCACCUGCUGCCCAAGUUGCUGUCCCUUCUCAGAUUGCUACCCAGGCUCCAACUCCUCCUCCAGCUUCAGUCUCAAGCCCAGCCAAGGCUGCAACCCCUCAGCCUCCUGUUGUUACUGUUGUCGCUACCACCGUUGCCUCCUCUGCUACCUCACUCUCUCCCCUUGCUCCUGUACAAAGUCCUGUACCAUCCAUUGUUCCCAUUGUUGCCGUCCCAGGACCUACUCAAGAUUUUCCCCCAGCCACGUCCUCCCCAGCUACUAACCCCAGCGGAACUCCACCAGCCCAGUCUGACCCCACAGCUGUGGAACCUCCCAUUCAGUCAGCCACAGCAUCUACUGAAACCACACUUAGCAGCCCAGUACCGAUUCAGCAAGAAGUUACUCAGUCACAGGAGCCUGUUGCCAGUGAGAAGACAAAUGAAGAGGUCUCGGCAGUUUCUGAGCAGGGAUGGGCAAAGAAAAGAAAGACGCCCAUCAACUUAGUCCCAAGAGCUGCUGUAGAGAAGCCCAAGGGACCGAGCAGACGAAGCUCCCGGGCAGAGAAGGAGGUGGAGGAAGAGCCAGUGGCAGACAGCGGGAUGAGGAAGAGAUCGGCCAGGCCUGGAACCAGUGCUGCUGCAAAAGAAACUGGAGCCAGCCCCACCCAGGCCAAAAGAAGGAAGUCUAAGUAGGCUAAGCCACAGUCGUGGACACCUGUGAACUGUACUGUAAAUGUCCUUUUUUCUCUGUGAAUCAUUUGAUAUCGGUUUCUCUGUCCCAAAUUAUGAAUUUUCAGCAGAGAAGCAAACCAUGUACAGAUUGUUUUUAGAAGAAUUAUGUUGUUGUUUUGUCCCUGCUAUUAUGUGAGAUUGUAGGUAGAGUGUGUGCAUAUCUGUUUGCGUGAAUGUGCUUUUGUUUUUGUUUUUGUUUGUUUUGUUUUUUAAAACGCUGGAUUAAUCAUGUGAAGAAAUAAUGGAGCUUGUCAUUAUUGUAUAAUUAUGUUGUAAAACCUAAUUAAAUUUUCUACUGCUUUUGUCCUGUGAAA